AUGGGCUGUUUGAUAGUGACGGUUGCUGACAGGAUUCUGAGACAGUCUUCUGGAAGUAAUGACUUCGGCUCCCUUGGUGACUUAAUGGCUAAUCGUGUGUCUCCCGAGAUGAACCAAAUUUUGUUGUGCGAGUUUACGACUGAGGAAAUAAAACCGGCCCUCUUUCAAAUGCAUCCCUCCAAGGCGCGGGGCCUGGAUGGGAUGUCCCCUUUCUUUUUCCAGAAGUAUUGGGAUGUUGUGGGUGAUGCGGUGACUACGACGGUUUUAGAGUUCUUGGGGACUGGUAAACUUAUGGCUAAGCUCAAUUUUACACAUGUUGCCUUGAUUCCGAAAGUUAAGGACCCAAAACAUAUGACACAGCUCCGUCCUAUCAGCUUGUGUAAUGUGAUUUAUAAGAUUGGGGCUAAGGCGUUGGCCAACCGUCUAAAGGUGAUUUUGAAUGAGGUGAUCGGUCCCCAUCAAAGUGCUUUUGUUCCGGGUCGUAUAAUUUCUGAUAACUCGAUUGUUGCCUUUGAGGUACUCCAUCAUAUGCAUAACCGCACUCAUUGUAAAUUGGGUUUCCAAGCCUUGAAGUUGGACAUGAGUAAGGCGUAUGACAGGGUGGAGUGGGGCUUUCUUGAAAUUUUUAUGCAUAGUAUGGGGUUUGAUCCGAAGUGGAUUCAGCUUAUUAUGACAUGUGUUACUUCUGUGACGUAUUCUUUUCUCAUUAAUGGGUCACCUGUUGGUUUUCUCUCCCCACAACGUGGCCUUCGACAGGGAGACCCGUUGUCCCCUAUUUAUUUUUACUUUGUAUGCAGAGCAGCAGGGCCUUCUCCAUGGCGUAGCGAUCAGUAG